AUGUAUCUAGGGAUAUUAACUAUCCUAGCACUCUCGUGCAUUGUCGGCGCACGACCCAUGAAGCAUUAUGAAGGGCUAGCUGAAACUUACAUUCAAGUCCUUGGUUCGAACAUAGUGGCGAACAAUACUGUCGCUACACCCCACACUCCCGUCACAUCUUCCACGGGCGCCGACAUGUCCGAUUCCACAUGCAAGCCGUUCGAGAUGCCGGCGGUCCCACAGGAAUGUCUCCAGAAAUCGGGAGAGCUGGCUUGUAUUGGAUAUUCUUUGUAUUGCAGGUUCCCUACGGACUGGGGUGUUGGGUACGAUCCGGUUGGAGAAUGCUGGACUUGCAAAUGA